CUCUGUCUCUCUUGCUGCAAUAUAUCUCUCUCUCUCCCCUCUACUCUUCCUCUUCAUUGAUUGAACCCUAUCCCUCUUCCUCAAGUCGUUCAUUGGGCUCUUCUGUUGUUCCUUAUGUCUUUUUGUCUGUUUUUGUGUUAAAGUUGGUAGCCAAAUAAAUCAUGGUCGAAUUUACGUGCUGUCCAGAUUUAGUGAAAGAAGUUGGAUUUGGUUCAUGUUCUUCGGCUUCAGAUAGUAGCUAUGAUUGUGUAACUCCAAGAUAUUCCUCUGAUUCAAGUUUCACUAGUCAAACAAGUUCUUUUUCAACAAGACGAUCUUCACAGGCAGGCUGGACAGAUGAAGAGGAUAAUCUGCUGGCUGAAGUGGUUAAGAGGUUCAAUGGGAGGAAUUGGAAAAGAAUAGCUGAAUGCAUGACCGGAAGGACCGAUGUUCAGUGCUUGCACCGCUGGCAGAAGGUUCUAAAUCCUGAACUUGUCAAAGGCCCUUGGACAAAAGAGGAGGAUGAACAGAUUAUUCAGUUAGUCGAGAAAUUUGGCUCCAAGAGAUGGUCUGUUAUCGCUAAGUAUUUGCCAGGUCGAAUUGGCAAGCAAUGCAGGGAAAGGUGGCACAACCAUCUGGAUCCUGCAAUAAAGAAGGAUGCAUGGACUGAAGAGGAAGAAGCAAUACUAUCCUAUUAUCACCAAAUAUAUGGCAACAAGUGGGCAGAAAUAGCCAGGUUUCUUCCUGGAAGGACUGAUAAUGCAAUAAAAAAUCACUGGAACUGCUCAGCAAAGAAAAAGUUCGAUUUGAACUUGCCUUGUUGCUCUGAGCUGGAUUCACAGGGGAGUACUUCUGAUGGUUCCUGCAUUACUCAAAAGAGAACAAGUUCCAUUGAGCAUCAGUUGUUGUCCCAGAAAGUUCGUGAAAGAAGUGGCCUUCAGGAAAGGGGUCAGGACAAUGUUGCUCAUGUCUGUUCAACAGAAUUAUCUCUUGGAAACACUAUUUUUCAUAUGGACCAUCUAGAGUCAAAAACUCAUCUGCAUGGGACCUGGCGAUCUUCAGACAAAGGGGUAGGCAAUCUAAUAAAUUCACUUGGUAGGUUCAAAGUUGGUGGCACGGAAAUUGUUCCCGCAGAUAUGCAUGGCAAUCCUUCGCCAGGUUAUGCUUUUUCCUCUGCCGUUCCUCCUGCUAAGUGUGAGAGGAUCUUUGAAUCUCCUGAGAGGAUCUUUGAAUCUCCUAAGAGGACCAGGCAUGUGUCAGGCCUCUUACCAAAUACUGACCUUUUAAGUUUGUCAAGUUAUGGAUAUAGUAAGGAUCAUGGUCAGCUUAGCAAGAAAAACAAAGUUUGUAAAACUACACCUUGUCAGGAUCAUUGGCUGUCCAGCUUUUUGUGUUACGAUCCACCUCAAUGUCAAGACCUAGUCUCGGCUGAAAGUGAUGGGAUUAUCAGUCUAGACAAUCACACCAAUCAUUCCAAACAUCGGCUAUUGUACUUUACCCCUCCUAGUUUAGUGCUAAAUAUUUCUGGUAACGGUAGUAGCAGUCCAGAGUCUUUGUUGAGAAACUCUGCUAUGGGUUACAAGAAUACUCCAUCAAUUAUAAGAAAGAAAAUUUCAAGAGAAGCUAGGGAUGAAGCCUCUUGUUGCAAAAACCCUAGAAAUACAACCUCAUCUUCAUCUCAGAGCAAGGAGAUAAAUAGCACAGGCUCAUCAAAAUUGGAGGGCACUUCAGUUUCCAACACUUACAAAUCUGAAACAUCAGUUGCUGGAAGAUCUCUAGAAAGACGAUUGGACUUCGCUUCUGAUAGGGAAUGGGAGUCUACUGCUGUUAGGUUUUCCACCCCUAUCUGUGCAUCAUCAUCUGCACUUAACUCUGGAGGAAAAAUGAAUUUGACUCCUUAAAAGAAUUUAAUUGGAAGAACAGUUUCGGCCUAAUUUGGUGGACAUUCUCACAGUUACUGGAAAGGUCUAACAAAUCCAGCAGCAGCAAAUGCCAUACAAGGAACAAGGCGAUCUCUAAGAAGUUAGUUUCAUAGUGGUAGUGCCAGUGAAACGCAACUGGGAGGAGGAAACAAACAGCAACUUAGUAUCAGACUGAGCAGAAGAAGUAGAUUUCCUGUUUCCUCGGUUUCCCUGUGUUUGCAAGAGGCAAAACUUGAUCUUUACUCGAGUAUAGUUUCAGUUUCCAUUGGAAAAUGACUGCAAUAAAAUUUGACCCGGGGAUGAGGCAUGUCUAGUUUCAUGGAACCUUAGAAACUGUCUUUAAUAAUUAGAGAAGUUUGUUAGGCUUCUCUUCUCCAAUAAGCCCUUCAUAGUAUACCAAGGUGAAGAAUAUUGAAUACAUCGUCUUUCUUUUGCUUUUUAUAAGUUUUCCUGGAUAAUUUCUGUGGAUUGAUCUGAGCUGGUUUGAUAUUUACUCUGUAUAUGUGUUGGUUCUGCAGUUUUAUCUGUGGCCAAUAAAUUAAGAUCAAAUUCAGCUUCUUUUGCAAA